CACAGACACGCAGAGCCAGCCGCACUGCGCCACCCUGCCUGCAACCUGUCUGCCUGCCGCCUUCUACUGUUGCUCCUUUCCUUAAGCAUCGCCAGCCAGCUUCAUCCUCGCCCUUUCCUAGCCGUCAACCGCCAUCACCACCACAGUCACUCCCUCGAACUCGAACAUCCACACGUUUCCUUCUCGACGACUUACUUUCCCGCCAACUUCAUUCGCAUACGGCCGCACAACCAUCGCCACCAUGGUCCGCUCCGUCUCCCUCGCCGCUGCCGCUGCUGCUGCCGGCCUUGUUGGCACCGCGCUUGCCCGCACGACCUCGGUCGACAACCUCUUCCUUCCCGGCUUCGAGGGCCAGAACCUCGUCGGCCGCAUCCUCACCGCCGACAAGACCUCCACAGAGUACUUUGUUCAGUGCGACCCCAACGCGGAGUCCUCCUUCUGCGGCGUUGGCGCCGGCGCCACCGUCACCAUGCGCCCUCACACUUACGACUUUGACAUUCGCGACGGCAACCACUUCACCCUCCAGGAGCGCUGCAUCAUCACCAGCGACACGGCCGACUGCACGUGGAGCGCCGGCGGCGAGGGCGCCCAGGCCACCGGCGUCACCACCAGCACCAUGACCGCCAUCACCAGUGCCGACUUCUUCAUCCCUGUCACCGUCACAGGCGGUUGGGCUGCUCUCCAGACGAACCAGCUCGAGCUGCGCCAGGCCCUCGACUCGUGCCUUCCCAGUGGCAUCACCGGUGUUUCUGAGACCGACUUCCCCACGCCCACCGGCAAGCCGUCCAGCACUUCUGGUGGCGUCGCCGGCACUGGUACCGCCAGCUCCGGCUCCCAGCCCACCGGCAAGGGUGCGGCAUCUGGACUCGAGCGGCCUGCUGUUGCCGCCAUCGGCGCCAUCGCUGGUCUCGGUGCCCUGGUCAUGGCCCUCUAAGCCAGACGGGCAUAGAUGGGCAUGGGUUGUGGCUGUGGCUGUUGUUGUCGUAGUGUCAAAAUCAUCAUUGUCAGCGAUGUUCAGGACUCUUCUUUUCUUUUUUGGUUACAUGGAUUCAAGGAGAGUUCGCGUGGGUUGUUACUUGGAUAUAGUAUUUCUGGAUAUCCUGGGAGCAUAUGCAUAGAGUGAUGGCAUUCGAGAUAUAAUUAUACCAUACUGCAUAGAAUACAUAUCAUUCUUGGCAA